AUGGAUUUUCCUCCGCAUAGCACCACGUCGCUGUCGAUCGUUGAACGCACCGGUGCGCUCCUUGAAGACGCGCUCCUUGACAUGGAAUGGUUGCAUAUCAACAACACCGCAGUAAACAACAACAGGCUCAAUGUGGCUUGCUUCUACAGAUGUUACGAUCGAAUAGACGAUGACGACGACAACCUUCACUAUGACCAGUGGGUUCGAUUUAACCUAUCACCGGAAAACACUGGCAUUACCAAGAUUACGCCAUCAUUUAACAGUAGUAACAUGUGCGCAAAACUAUAUUCCACACUUCAGCUGAAAAUUCGUCCAGAAAUAAGACAGAGGCAUGAGCUUAUCAUCAUGUUCCAGGACACAGUACGACCUGGAUGUGAGUUCGUGGAGACGAGUUGCGAGAGGACGAAUUUUCCUAGGAUCACCAUCUAUCGCAAUAAUCACAAUCAGAUCCUUAAACACGAAACCACUUCGUCUAGAGCACGUCCAAAUGUGAAGAGUGUGAUUCUGAUCGUUCUCGACUCGGUAUCGCAUGCCAGUUUUGUGUUAAAAAUAUUAUAUAAAUCGUAUAUAUUUGACGGGAUGAACAAAAUUGGUGACCAAUCGUUCCCGAAUGCUGUGGCCUUUCUCGCAGGACGGGACUACCAAACAGAGUUCGGGGACGUCAAAGGUUUCUUCGAUGAACACCCACUCAUUUGGAAGGACUUUCAGAACAAGAGCUACACUACUUAUUAUGCUGAAGAUUAUCCGAACUUCAAUCUGUUCAACUAUCUAGCCAAGGGAUUCAGGAAAAAACCCGUUCAUCACUACUUCAGGCCAUUUUGGUUAAACGUCUACGGUAGUUACUUGCACCGUAGAAGUAAAUUCCUUUGCUAUGGAAAUCAAGCGAUGCAUAACAUAGAACUAAACUAUUUAUCGCAAUUCCUGCGUAAAUAUCGAGAUUCACCAAAAUUCGCUUUGAACUGGUUAACUGAGCUGGGUCAUGACUACAUGAACAAAGUGAAUGUUGCCGAUGACGAUUUUGCCAAUUUUCUUAUUAAACACUAUGAAGAAGUGAAGGAAUCGUUUCUAUUCGUGUUUUCCGACCAUGGUCAUCGUUUCGACUCGAUUCGACGGACCGCUAUUGGCCGAAUUGAGGAGAGUCUACCCUUCUUCUCAAUGCACAUACCGAUUGAUUUGCGCGAAAGAUUUCCCAGAAUCGCCAAAACGGUGGAGCGUAACACGCAGGUCCUGACGUCUUUUUGGGAUUUCUACGUUACGAUGCGCGAUAUCCUUGACCUUGGCCAAAGAUCUAAAAGUAAGAAAGUAGUCCGGAAUGAUUCACUUCAGGAUCGAAACUGCAAAGAAGCAGGAAUUCCGUACGAGUUUUGCAGGUGCUACGUGGAAACGUCAGUGGACACUGAGAAUGUUUUAAUUCAGCAACUAGCCAACAAAGUCAUUGACCAUUUGAACUGCCUGUUGAAAUCAUUUGAAGUUUGUGCCCAAUUGGUACUUUCGAAGAUUAUUCAAGCUGAAGUGAUUGCAAAUGAAGACCUGGUGACGACGAAUCAAUACUAUCGGCUAACCGUAGAAGCCAAACCCUCCAAAGGAAUAUUCGAAGCUCUUCUGAAGUAUAACGGUAGUACAGGAACCUUCGACGUUAGCGGAAAACUCAACCGUGUGAACUCGUACGGAAAUCAAUCGAUAUGUGUUUAUGAACAAGAACUCCGUAAAUUUUGCUACUGUACUAAUGAAUCAGUGCGAAUAAAGUGA